AUGGCAGAAAAGAGGGACAUAAGGAGGGGUCCUGGUAUUCGCACAGUGGAGAUAAAUGCAGCAAGACAAGUACAUGCUAGAACUGUAAGGGCCCGUAUCCCAAUAGACAUAGGGGCUAUUGAUAGUCAAGAGCCGGCAACAAGUACUGCGAUUUCGGCACCAAGAUUCGUGCAGCCUGCCUUACCACAAUCCUCCAGACAGCCAUCAGCUGCCCAUAGCCACGUAAGGCAUACAUGUAACAAUCCGAGAAACCCACCAUGUGCUCAUUGUGGAACUAUGAUAGUGCCAUCACCUGUUGCAACUUUACCAUUAGAAGAUCACCCAUCAUUAACGAUAAAUAAUUGGACUAUAUCAACAAAGAAAAAACCGAUUUUGAACUCACAAGAAUUGGAAGAUUGGGAAAACAAUAAGUUAAAAGGGCUCACUUUACCGGAGAUGAUAUUUGGUAACAGCUUUGUGCGGAUACAAGAAAAGACCCGCAAUUGGUCGAUAGAAUUUAACGCAUUAGAUGCAUUAAGAGAAGUUAAAUUAAAAGAUUCUGGGAUUAGAGUUUCUUAUUCAAAGAAAUGGAUGGAUUCCAAACAGCAAAAGCAAAGGCAACAACAAAGACUGAGUAUUGCACUGGGCUCUUCACAACCGCUGUCAGACAUCGAUGACUCGGCUUUACAGAUCGCUCGCCAUUAUGACUGGACCUACACAACAAAGUACAAAGGUACUGAAACUUCUGGCAGUAAAAAAUAUAAAUUUAAAAAGGAUGAUUCACAAACGUUACCUAUUGACAAGUUGGCAAGGCCAGAUCACAUUUUGUUUUAUGAUGAUAUGAUAUUAUUCGAAGAUGAAUUGGCUGAUAACGGUAUCUCGAUUUUUAAUAUUAAAAUUAGAGUGAUGAACGAGAGACUCUUGCUAUUAAGUCGUUUCUUUCUUAGGGUAGAUGAUGUUUUGAUCCGAGUAGUAGAUACUAGAAUUGUUGUUGAAUUUGAUGAAAAUAAAGUUAUCAGAGAAUAUAAGGAAAUGGAAGGAGAUUACAAGACUCUUUUGACAAAGCACAAGAUGUCUCAUUCUCAUGACCCAAAAGCUGCUUUGAGAGAUAGUAAUUGGGUCGCCGCGAAUAUCCCACUCAUCACUAGAGAAUGCGAAAUACUGAACCUAAAUGACCCAAAUUAA